AAAGAACCCCACUGGCUUUCCCUAGGAAGCUAUUUCCAUGGCUUCUUCUUUUUUCUCUACUUUUGAAAUUGAUUUUUUUGUCAGAUUAUGUUAACCAUCACCAUGGCUACUAGAGUGUUGACUACCGACAGAUCUAAGGUUUAAAAAAAUGGUUGUUGGAUUAUGGAUGUCAUAAAGUUUGUCUGCUGGUGCCAAUGUUGUUGGAACAUCCCAUCCAUUUCUUCCUUUUUAUUAUUACCAACACUCUUCUUUUCAUCUUCUUCAUUCACCACUUUCGUCGUCGCUUCCACCGUUUCUCCGCCGACAGCGCUGACAGUUUCUUUAAAAGCAACUCAAUCGCCGCUGUUUUAUCCUCAACUCGCUGUUAUCGUCGCUGUUUCUCUUCUUUUGUUUGCUAUGGGAUUCUUGUUGGAAUUCCUUAAACGCCGGAAACACACGGCGGCGACUAGUCGGGCCGAUGAAGAGAAGGGAAAAGAUGGGGAACAAAGGGGUGUUAGGAAAUUUAAAUGGGAUGAGAUUAAGGAUUUGACUAAAGGAUUUUCGCGGUUGAUCGGACAAGGUGGGUUCAGUAAUGUGUACUUGGCUAACUUGUCGGGUUCUAAUCUCGGAGCAGUUAAGAUCCUUGUCGGAAAUGAUAGAUUAAAUCAAGUGUUUAAACAGGAACUGGACAUUUUAACCCGAAUCCGACAUGAAAACAUCGUUAAAUUCCUCGGUUACUGCGACGAUCAAGAGGAAGGUGCCAUUGUGUUUGAAUACAUUUCAAAUGGAAAUUUACAAGAAAAACUCCAUGGAAAUGAAAAGAAUUUUCUUCCGUGGAAAACCCGAACCGCCAUAGCUUUUCAGCUUACUGCAGCAAUUGAAUACUUGCACGAAAAAUGCAGCCUGCAAAUAGUUCACGGCGAUAUUAAAGCUUCAAACAUCUUAUUAGACGAGCGUUUCAACUGUAACCUCUGCGAUUUCGGGUCGGCGAAGAUGGGUUUCUCGUCGGCGGUAAUGCCUCCGUCGUCGAGGACGAAGCAAAUAAUGGUAGGCUCACCGGGUUACACCGACCCUCAUUACUUGAGGACCGGUAUCGCUUCAAAGAAGAACGAUGUUUACAGUUUGGGUGUUAUUAUUUUGGAGCUUGUGACUGGUAUGGAAGCUUUUUGUCCAGAAAGGGGACAACUAUUGACGACAAUGGUGGCGCCGAAAUUAAGGGAUAUUGCGAAGUGUGGUAGGGCGGAGGAGACGGUGGCGGAAAUGGUUGAUCGGCGUUUAGGUGGUGAGUUUGAUUUGGAAGAAGCUAAAGCUUUGCUUUUGAUCGUUGAACUUUGUCUUCACCGGUCACCUACUGUUAGGCCUUCAGCUUCACAAAUCAUGGAAAUGAUGAAGGAUAAAAUGGGUGCCGUUGAUUCUCUGUUUUCGCCGGCUAAAGGUUGCCGGUUUUGAUUAAUUACAGUUUUUUUUGCAAAGGCAAGAAACAGGUCGUUUGAACAAGAAAAAAAAAAAAAAGGGUAUUGCCUGGUUUGUUUUGUCUUUAGAUUGGAUGAUUAUUUUUGUGGAGAUUUUAGUACUUUGUAAAUGGUAAACAUUAAAAUUUUAGAACAAAUGGUUUUUACUGAAAAUUCGACAAUGAAUUGGAAUUUUCGAUGUUUUGCUGUA